AUGGACAGCACCGCCGAAACUUCCACUCUGCAGAAUCGUCUUGAGCUCGAGCUCUUCCCGAGCGGCCAGCCAUCAAGCUCGACCAGCCGGUCCAAUCGUCCGCAGCCUCCCUCCUCUUUCGACUUCCAGGGAGCGGCACAAAACGAGCCCUGGAGUCAAGCUGAAUUCAAAGCAACCCCGUACGUCAGAGAUGAAUGGCUCAUCUCGGUGGGACAGAAGCGACCCACCGACUUGGUGGAAGAUUUCAUUCAAAUCGAUGGUCAAGCUGGCGCUGCACAACCACCAAGGCCACGACCACGUGUAGUAGCGAGCGGCAGCGACACGACAACCUCUCUCGCAUCAGCCUGGAAAGCUCGGGCUCAAAGUGAUGCGUCAACGGCGCCAAACACCAAGCGCAGCCGCUCAAGUCUACUGGAUCAGCUCGACGCUAUCUGUAGCAGUCCGUCACAGCAAUUCAGCUCGAGUCCGCAGGAAGACGUGCACAAAUCGACACCCGAGACACCAGCUGCACAGCAUCGGCCUCCAGACCGUCGACCUCUCAAACCGCUUUCCAACAUCCAUCCGAACGAGAAAGCGCCGGCUGCGCAGGCAAAGGCAAACAAUCCGAACCCAAUCGAUGUGGUCGACGUGUCAUCUUCCCCACCCUCGCAGGCUGGUCAGCAGCACAUUACGCUGAUCAGCGACAUGCCGCAAGAGCUGCGUGACAUCUACCACCGACUCGCGUUUGGAGGCAGAUCAUCAUCCUCACAGUCUUCGACUCCGCAAAAUGCAGGUGUGACGGCGCGCGGUACUCGUGGCAAGACCUGGCAGACGACUUGGCAGGAUGAUGAAGGCGAAGCUGCUCAAGGCGCCGUGGGGACCUCAAGCAGGGCGAGCUCAAGCCGCGGUCGCAAGCCGACUUCGUCGACGUCGACGGCGCGAGGCGGCACAAGAGCGAGCAAGACGCGGUCCAGCAGCGCGACGAGCAGCACCGCGAAGAGUCGUUUCUUCGCUGCUCGAGGGGGAUUCCGUGGGCGCGGUCGGGCACGUUGGCGAGGACGAGGGCGUUGA